UCCGCGAACCGAAAACCCGAGUCAUUCAACUGCGUUUGCGCAGCUACCGAACGACUCGCAUUGUCUGUGUGUAGUUGCCAGCCGCAACGGUGUGUGCUGCUGGAUUUUCCCGUCGCGGUUUUAGUGCGAUUUUCUUCGUUUUUCCACUCGCAGCUCGCGCUCUGUGACCGCACCACGGGCUCUAUACUCGCGUGUCCGCGAGAACUCGUGGCGAGAAACCGAGACCAACGGGAAGCGUAGCGUUUUUUCGUGUGUCUGUUCCCCUCGUGAGGUUCGCCCUGGGGUUAAGAAAAUUUGUGGAAUUUUUCUGCAAUUGUGCUCCGUUGCUUUUAUCCGAAAUGAUGUUGCCUAGCACCGUUGGUAUGUGAUGAUGUUCCCCAGUUGGCCAUGUAGUAGGAAAAAAAGUGCUGCAACCCACAUGCUUCUGAUUCAGUACAGAGAGUGAGUUUCUGUGCCCUGUUGUGUGAAUUGUGUGUCCAAGAAGGCGGUGUAAGAGGUGUUCGAUUGGUGAAAGUGCGUCGAUAGCGUGGCAUUAGAGUGUAGGUCUUUUAUUUCUCUGCAUGCUUCAUGAUUAAUCCUACCCAAUCCGUCGUUGGGUAGCGCUGUUUCGCCAUCGAAAUACUUGAGUGUAAGCACGCGCGCGCGUUUCUGUGUGUGUGUGAGUUUGUGUGCUAAAACAAGGCCCUAGACUUCCAGGUAUUGUAGUGGGAGCGGCCUUGCCAAGUGAAAAAUUUGUGCCCUUGCGACGGUGAAGUUUUCCAAUUCCCAACUCACUGCACUACAGGAAAGGAACGAAACGACGCGUGUUGCUGGCAUUGUUGUCCGAAGGUGUCGCCUAAUACAAUGGUCAACAUUAACCGAGGACCGGCUGGCAACGGAAACGAUAAGCAGCAGCAUAGCGGUGAAAAUUCGGGCACACCAACCUAUCCGCAGUAUUUGCACGAACUGCCCCAAGCGGACGAGGAACGGCUAGAGAAAAUCUUCAAAAAGCUCGAUCGUGACGGGAACGAUCGAAUCGAUAUUCAUGAUCUGUCGGCGGCAUUGAAGGAGUUUGGCCUAUCGCACCAGUACGCCGAGCGCUUCCUUAAACAAUCGGAUCAAAACCAGAGCGGCGAUGUCGGGCUGGCGGAGUUUAUACAUUACGUGCGUGAGCACGAAAAAAAUCUACGCUUACAGUUUACACACCUGGACAAGAACCAGGACGGUAAGGUCGACCUGGAGGAGCUGAUAACGGCCUUCAAGGAGCUCGGCAUCGAGAUGGAUCGACACGAGGCGGCAAAGUUACUUAAGCGCAUGGAUAAGGAUGGCAGCCUGAACAUUAGUUACGACGAGUGGAGAGACUUUCUUCUGCUGGCACCAUCUUCGGAUAUACACGAACUGGUUAAAUACUGGAGGCAUUCGACUUACUUGGAUAUCGGUGAGGAUCUAAAUGUACCUGAUGACUUCACACAGAGCGAAAUGCAAACCGGUAUGUGGUGGCGCCAUCUGGCGGCCGGUGGAAUUGCUGGUGCAGUGUCGCGAACGUGCACGGCCCCGCUGGAUAGGUUGAAAGUGUUCCUGCAGGUUCAAGCAUCCAAACAGAGAAUCUCAGAUUGUCUUCAGUACAUGCUGAAGGAGGGUGGUGUGCGGAGCCUCUGGCGUGGCAACUUUAUCAACGUGCUAAAGAUUGCCCCCGAAAGCGCGAUCAAGUUUGCGGCAUACGAGCAGGUGAAACGGUUGAUCCGUGGUAACGACAAGCGCCAGAUGACGAUCUACGAGCGGUUCGUGGCGGGUGCGUGUGCGGGUGGCGUCAGCCAGACGGCAAUCUAUCCGAUGGAAGUAUUAAAAACACGACUAGCGUUAAGAAAGACGGGCGAGUACACCAGCAUCCUGGAUGCGGCAUCGAAGAUCUACCGACGGGAGGGACUACGCUCGUUCUACCGCGGCUACAUUCCAAACAUGCUCGGCAUCAUCCCGUACGCCGGUAUCGAUCUGGCGGUGUACGAAACGCUAAAGAAGAAGUACCUUAGCCACCAUGAGACGGAACAGCCAAGCUUCUGGCUGUUGCUCGCUUGUGGCAGUGCAUCCAGUACGCUCGGGCAGGUGUGUUCGUAUCCGUUGGCGUUGGUGCGAACUCGAUUACAAGCGCAAGGUAAGACAUUUGCUCGUGCGCACCUUAAAAUACAAACAAUAAUCACACCGAAAUUCUUUCCAUCCUUGCUCUCCCUUUUUUGCAGCGCGGUGGAACCGAACAUGACGAAUGUAUUUAAGCGAAUAAUACAAACGGAGGGUCCGGUUGGUCUGUACCGUGGAAUCACACCAAACUUCAUCAAAGUAUUACCGGCCGUCUCGAUCAGCUACGUUGUGUACGAGUAUACGAGCCGUGCCCUCGGCGUUAACAUGACGUGAUCUGUUCCAGCAGUGCACGAACAUCCGAUUGCUGGUUGCUCCACUUACGAGGCAUCGCAACAGCAUCCUCAGCUGCCGUCAUUCCGAACCCCCGUCCUCGGGGACAGCUUCGGGACGUCAUAUUCGCCCUUUGCCUCCAUCUGCUUGCAGUACACGCAUCACAACACAAUAUAGACCUGAUAUUCCUCCCAUCGGCGGGGAUUGGUACACCCCCAUCCCCCUGGGGGAGUUUCUCACACACACGCCUGUUAGUCUUUUGGAUUGUUGUUGUAUCGGUUUGCAUUUCCCGUCGCCAUCGUCAGCGCGAUGUCGUUGCCGCGAAGCCAACAAACAAAUUGUAAAAGAUGAAAACAAACACCAAACCCCGAUGUGGAUCGUUCAAGAGCAAUAGAGCAAGCAAGGUGGUGUGAUGCACAUUCUUCCCUACAGCAUCCAGCUUUACACAACUACAAAGAAAAAGGAUAGCCCCCUUGUUUUCGCGCUUCCUGAGGUGUGCAGAAUCUAUCCUAAAAGUUUCAAUACGCUUGCUAACUUCAGUAAACCAACGUUUGGAGGUUCGGGUUGUGUGGGAAAGACGAUAGAAUAGUGACGUGUGGCAGGUUUGGUUGCGUUCUGAUAAUAGCGCGGAGAGAAUGGCGUAAGCUAGAGGCACUAGAAUUUGCAGUGGAUUAAAUUAUUUCUCUUAUUUUAAUAUAGUAGCCAAUUUUCAAAUUAUUUUCCAAUUCCAUUUAUCCAAUUAUUUAACCAUUCUUCCGACACCCAACUCACGAAACGCGCUCGCUCGCUCGACUUAAGCGCACGUUAAUGCUAAUGGAUGAUAAAGCAGGAAAUGGUGAUGUUCCCCGGUGCGCACCAUAUGAGUGUGCGCACUUCCGAAGCCCGAAGACAACAAGACACAACACACCCGUUCGUUCCUUAUUUUUGUCGUUCGCAGCAGAGCCCGCGAUUAGAAGACAUGUUCUUCGCCGUACCUAGUAGCGCUAGUUAGGACUUACAAAAACAAUCAAUGAAUGUGGCUCUCUGUUCUUACUAUUUUCUGUCUUUAUCUACACCAAGUAGCAUUUGUGUGUUAUGCAUUGAGAGCUCGUGAGUGUGAGCGCAAGAAGUUUCUGAUACCUUAAGAAAGAUGUCUGUUUCCACGGAAUAAGCACGCUUUAAAUGAAUGGAAUGAAUUCUGCGCAAAAAAAAACCGAGAACGAGAGGAAGAGAGAGAUAGAAACUAAUAGAAAAAAAAUAUACUGCAGAGUUCGAAGCAGUGAAAGGCAGAGGAAAACACACGUACACAGCUAGUAAUGAAAGACUUUUACAAUUUUAAAUUAUUUAUUAAAGAAAAGCAAGAAAUACAGUAUAUGUCCGUGAAAUGAAAUGAAGAAGGAAAAGAAGAAGAAAGCAAAGAAAAAAAAAACACCGCGACAACAUGAAAAUCGAAAA